ACCAAGAUUUUCCCAACCCUACGAAAAGCUGUAUCCCAUCUUCCCUAACUUUUCCUGCUUUUAGUACAUAUCCCAAUUAAAGUUUCGGCCAAACCACGGUAACCACCCCUCCUGCCCCCAAUCACUUCAUCAUCGCUCAUACAUAUAGAGGUGCAGGGGCAGGGGAAGGCGCUUAGUCGCAGCUCACAGAACAGAGUCCCCUGUUUCUGGGUCAGUCACCAUGGAAAGGCUUAUGACAAUGAGGCUGAUCACAUAUUUAAUGCAGCUGUUGGCGGCGGGACUACUGGUGCCGUCGCCGUGGGAGACCGCCUCCGCCGUGGACAUUCCCCGUCUGCGGCAACUGGCGGCUCGAAACAACGUGACAUCCAUACUGGUGUUCGGAGAUUCAAGUGUGGAUCCCGGCAACAACAACAAUCUGGCCACCACCUUCAAAGCAAACUUUCCUCCAUACGGCGUGGACUUUUUCAGUGGCCGCCCCACCGGCCGAUUCACCAACGGCAGACUUGUCACUGACUUCGUCGCGGAGGCACUGGGUUAUGCGAACCAAAUUCCAGGAUUUCUGGACAGGAGAGCAAAGAAGACAGACAAAUUACAUGGUGUAAGUUUUGCAUCAGCAGCUUCUGGUUACGACGAUCUCACUGCCAACCUCUCUAAUGUGGUGCCUGUCUGGAAGCAGUUGGAGUAUUUGAGGGAGUAUAAGAUGGAGGUGGGGAGGAUGGUGGGAAGGAAGAAGGCAGAGGAGAUGACAGGGAAUGCAGUGUUUGUGAUGAGUAUGGGCACAAACGACUUCAUACAGAACUACUACUCCGAACCAACUCACCGCCCCAAACAGUUCUCUCUGGAACAGUAUCAGCAUUACUUGGUUUCCUGCAUGGCCCGUGACAUUAAGAAAAUGCAGUGGCAAGGGGCAAGAAGGGUGGCAGUGGUGGGGGUGCCGCCUUUGGGAUGCAUGCCACUUGCUAGAACUCUGCGAGACGAGACAGGAUGCGUGGAGAGUUACAACGCCGUCGCAUUCUCAUUCAAUUCCAAGGUCAAAAACAUGCUGGCGAGCCUAACCCACUCGUUGCACAUCAAAACCGCCUUUGUCGACGCUUACGCUAUCAUACAAGCUGCCAUCAAUAAACCCCACCUAUAUGGUUUUGCAGAGACUUCAAAGGGCUGUUGUGGGUCAGGAACGAUAGAGUUUGGAGAGAUGUGCAAGGACUUGACGACAUGUUCCAAUCGAAGUGCAUAUCUAUUUUGGGAUGCCGUUCACCCUACUGAAAAAAUGUAUAAGAUCAUUGCCGACGAGGUUCUUAAUUCUAUCGCCGAAAGUUUGUUGCUCUGAGUAUCAUUGCUUAAUUUCUAGCUAUUGCAUGUAAUGUGUUGUCAACAUGCAACCUUCUUCACUUGUGUGGCUAUUAAUGUAAGGAUAAUUUCUUACGUGAGUACUCUUUAUAGUGAGGCGAAUAUUUGCAUUCCUCAGUGUUUCUUUCGCUCAUUGAAUUGAAAAAACACUUUAUGGUUUAUAUUA